GCGGCCUUUAUUCAUUCCCAACUUCCGUCCGAUCCAUUUGCGGCCGAGAUUCUCCCAAGAUGUGGUUUCUAUUCUAUCGCCGUCAUUGCGCUCUCCUCCCGUUGUAAACCCAAAGACCUUCGUCGCACGGACCCGUCCUUGCUAAUUGCUCACUCCAUCGGCGCCGGGUCAUCCUCGUGGCCCCGUGCCGCACCGCGAAACCAAAAUCUCGCAAUCCUAACCUACCCCAGCGACCUAGCGCCGUCGUCGCUCGACCUCCCCUCGCCGCGCCGGGCCCCCCAGAGGGUCUCAGGCCAUAGCGAGGAGCCGGGGUUCCGCUCCGACCCGAAUCCGAGCCUCCCCCAGGACGCAGCGGGUCUCGUUUCCGUACUCGUAGCAGGAAGUUUCGCGCGAGGGAUUGAUUGUCGAGCUAGAGAUGUACGGGCAGGGAGGGAGCUUCAAUCCACACUAUCGCCAUGGCCCGCCUCCGCCCCAGCAGCAAGCUGGGGUAACUGGGUCCUUCCCCCAGCAACCUGUGCCACCGCCUCGGCCACCUUACCCACAGCACCCUGGAGUGCGGCCUCCGGCUGGGCCGUACCAGCAUGGCGUGCUGCCACAUCAGAACCAGCCAUACCCCUUUGCGCAGCAUGGUCGGAUGCACCAGAUGCCAAUGCUUCCGCCACAGCAGAGAGGUUAUGGGUCGAUGCCAAUGCCAGGGUCGCUGCCUCCGCAACAAGCUAUGCAUCAGGCCCCUCCACAGUAUCCGCCCCUCCCUCCACCUCCACCUCGGCCGCCUGGCUUUGUUCAUGAUAAUGUGCUGCCUCCAUCUCUGCCUCCUCCUCCUCCUCCUUCUCCACCACCACCACCACCACCACCACCACCAGAAGCAGCAGCAGCAGCAUCAUAUUCUCCUCCUCACACACUUGUUGUUGCACAGUCAUGCGGCGCAGAGGCAGAAGCAAAAGAAGGUGCAUCUGAAGGUGGUCGUUUUGCCAAAACUCUGGAAGCAGCUACUCAGCUAAUUGUUUCUGAUGACUCAGAUAUGGACAUGGAUGGGGAUGAGGACUCUCCAUCAAAGCAGCCCCUUACCCCAGAAACUUCUUUGCCUGUGACUGUUGAAUGUACUGGAAAUGUUAAUGUGUCAAAGUUCAGUGAUGUUUCAACUGAGGACAAUGCUAAAACUGCGGAUGCAACUGAGGACAAUGCUAAAACUGCGCAUGCAACUGAGGACGGUGGGAGCACAUUCCAACUGAUACAAGGUUAUGGCUCCGAUGACAGUGCAAAUGAGGCUGAUGCUGGUCCUGGCAGUGCUAAUACCCUUGUGACAUUGCCUGAAGAUAACCUGCAUGGUCAUUUAAGUGAUAGUAAUACUGAGUUUGAUUAUCAGAAACAUGUUAAUGCAAAAGGAAAUGUGAAUACCCCUCAUGGCACUGAGCAAAAUGGUAAGGCUGAAAAUUAUCAUCUCAAGGUUGAGAGCAACCCAGUGAAGCAUGGCACAGAUGUACUUGGGCAUCUGGCCAAAGAAGAUACAAGUGGCAGUGAAAUUGAGGGAGGUCAAAGUAGUAAAAGGCAUGGGAGGAUACAAAAGAAACGAACCCGGAGCAUCUCACCUCAGGGUAGAAGUGGUAGUCCAGUGGGGGCAAACAAGAGCAGUCCAUCCCAAAGUUCUUCACCUGGAAAGCAGAGCAGGCCACCAUUUGCUAAGCGUCUCCAUUCUGCUGAUGAUGGUAAUGAUUCAGAAGGUAGAGUUGUUCAGCAAGAGGGCCUGUCAUUGACAUCAAAAUUGGAUAGUUCUUCUAAUGAUUUAAUUGGUAAAGUGGGAGAUGCUGCUGCGGUUGGUGUUGCCCUUGGGCAGCAUUGUCACAGUGACAAUUUAAUUUCUGAGCAUUCACAACUAAUGGCUGCUGGUGCUACUCAUAAGAUGCAAAUGCCAUGCCCCCCAUCUGAGUCUCUAUCAGACUUAAAUGUGUCUUCAUCAGCAGGUGGCCCAAUUCUUACGAACCAACCUGCUGCAGGUGUCCCAUAUGUGUCUGUAGAAACUACCAAGAGCUCCAUGACAUCUAAACAUCUCCAGUCUCAUCCUCAGAGUUUGAGUCCUCCUGAACACAUGCCAUCCUCAAAUAUGAUUCAGCUACCAGGACAGCCAUCAUUUGCAACAUCAGAAUUCCCUCAAAUGCAGUUCCACCAUAAAGUUGUUGCACCAGCAAAUGAAUUCUUGCAGAACCAGAUGAGAAGCUACCCUCCACAAGAUGUGUCUCAUCCUAGACCAUUCGAUUUCCAUCAUCAUACUCUCCCACCAGCAGUUCCUUCUAACCAGCAGCCUUCUACCAUUCCUGUUGAGAAUGCUCCAGUACCUCAUCAUAACAGAUGGCCAGAGUAUUCUGGUGGUGUUGGUCUAUCCUAUUCAUCUCAUCGGCCUCCAUAUGGUCAGCAUCAACCUCCUGGGAAUCUUGAUUCAGGAAGUAACUUGGUUUAUCCCUCUUUCCAGAGAUAUCCAUCAAAUCUACCAGUCAGUAACAAUAUUGGUCCCUUAUCUGAUGCCGAUUUGACUAAAUCGUCUAUCAAACCCCACUACAAUCCAUUUGCAUCUACCUUUGAUAAAACAGAUCCAAGUCUAGAUAUUGGGCCUCCUGUAAGCCCUAAUGCAGUUGGUUCUGUUUCCACAACAGCAGAACACAUGAAUACACUGUCUCCUUUUGGUCGAUCCAGAGCACAUGCCCAUGGAAAUUCUGCAGAACCUGUGCCCAAUAGACAAAAGUUACUCCAUCAGGAGUUUGCUUCUGGUGCUCCGUAUGAUCCAUUAGUUGACAGUAUUGAACCAUCAAGCAGUUCAAUCAACAAGGUAGAUCUUCGUAAAGAGAAGAACUGGAGUGCUGCUGAUAGGCGUGAUGCAUCGAAAUUUAUGAACCUAGAAGUGGACAGUGAAAAUAUGCAUGGACUGGGGGUUGUUGCUGAGUCAGAAGUUGAGGGACUUGGAGAGGUGGCAGCAGAUACUGAGACAGGUGUGGUGGAGAAUGCAAGUCCUGAGUUCUUGGGUGGUAAAGAUUGGAACUCAGAUAUCCCUGUUGAUUUUGACAAUGACCAAACAUUGGACAAAAAUAAGAAGGGUAAAGAUUCCAGAUCAAUGAAGCUUUUUAAGAGUGCUAUUGCAGAUUUUGUUAAGGAAGUUCUUAAACCAUCAUGGAGGCAGGGUAACAUGAGCAAAGAGGCUUUCAAAACUAUUGUCAGGAAAACAGUUGAUAAGGUUUCCGGUUCAGUUCCUAGCAGUCAUAUUCCAAAAACACCUGCCAAGAUUAAACAUUAUGUACAAUCCUCCCAAAGGAAGGUGACCAAAUUAGUAAUGGGGUAUGUCGACAAGUAUGUGAAGCCAUAGAGUAAUGUGGCAUUGUGCUGAAUCAGAACUGUCAUGGUUCCAGAGUCUGUGCUGCAUUCUACUAAAUGAGGCUGCAAAUUUGGUAAUCUUUCUGAUGAAACGGUUGUUCCACAGUAAGGUAGUUUGCUCUAGUUCUGCAGGAAAUGCUGUAUUUUAUUGGAGUGACAUGUCUAGAUGUGCUUCCAGUAUUGAUAAUUUGCUGCCUGAUUUCUUGUACCCUGUAAGGGUGCGAUAUUUGUGCGAACAUGCUGCUGAAAGAACUUUGUUUCUUAAUGGUGAUUAUGCAUACUGAGAGCUGUAAGGCUUACUGCUGAAUGAACUUUGUUUCUGAAUGGUGAAUAUGCAUACUGAGAGCUGUAAGGCUUAACAAACUUUUGACUUAUCACAUUCUUCAACGUGGCUCUUUUAGACUGGUUAUAGUUUGAUGCCUGUACUUUUCCGACAGA